AUGUCAAUCGCAGGAGCAUCAUUCAAGUACAUCACGGCUAUGUCGUUUGAAUUUGCGCCACUGAGCGCAUCUCAGGCUUCCAGAUCGAUACGUCUACUUCUCGCUGGUCUCCCAAGUAAGCCGCCCAUUCCUGGUAUGGACUUGCCAGACAUCAAGGCAAAGACAGUACCAACUGAUGCGCUGCAGAGGAUCGAGGUCACAUACAAGAACAAGCAGAAGCUGGUGCUGGACCAUCAAGCGUCAGAAGCUCGCCUCUCGGAUUUGGUCAAGAAGAUCGAGGAGCCAGCACGAGCUCUUCGCCUCAAAGAAGAGGGUCUCUAA